AUGGCGAGCAUCACCACCAACGCCUCCAUCGCCUCCUUUGGCGGCCGCUUCCUCAAGCUCACCCACCAGUCGUCCGUCACCGGCGGCCCCAUGAACUUCACCCUCUUCUUACCCACCGGCAUCUCCGAGUCCGCGCCCGCGCCGCUGCUCAUCUACCUCUCCGGCCUGACCUGCACCCCGGACAACGUCACCGAGAAGGGCUUCCUGCACGCCCACGCCGCGCCGCUCAAGCUCGCGCUGCUGUAUCCCGACACGUCGCCCCGCGGCACGAAUCACCCCGGCGAGCACGAGUCCUGGGACUUUGGCAGCGCUGCGUCCUUUUACAUUGACGCCACCCAGGAGCCGUGGGCGCAAAACUACAAGAUGGAGACGUACAUCACCAAGGAGCUGCCCGAGCUCGUCUUUUCGCAGUUCAAGCAGCUGGAUCCGCAGCGCGUGUCUAUUGCGGGCCACUCUAUGGGCGGCCACGGGGCUUUGACGCUGUUUCUGAAGAAUCCCGGCAAGUAUCAGAGCGUCAGCGCAUUCUCGCCCAUAUCGAACCCGAGUGCGUGUCCGUGGGGGGAGAAGGCCUUUACGGGGUAUUUGGGGGCCGACAAGGAGGAGUGGAAGAAGCAUGAUGCGACGGAGCUGGUGAAGCACUGGAAGGGACAUUUGAAUGCUCUGCUCGACGUGGGCACUGCGGACAACUUUUACAAGCAGAGACAGCUUCUGCCUGAGAACUUUGCGGAGGCUACCAAGGCGGCGGGCAUCGAGGGCCUGCAACUACGAUAUCAAGACGGUUAUGAUCACUCAUACUUUUUCAUCUCAACCUUUGGCGAGGACCAUAUUAAGCACCAUGCCAAGCAGCUGGGUUUGUUGUAA